AUGGACAUUGGACGCGUUGGCACCCGACACACGGCAAACGGUGGGAACGGCAGUGCAUGCGAAUCCCAGCCGGGCAAGCCGCCCUCGGACUCUCGCAGCCGGCCGUCCCAACUGCCCUGCCUGACCUUAGCUACCCUAGGCCUGUCUCCCAUCAGAGGGGAGUCCGCCCGCUCCGCCACCAAACCCCCCGAGUUGGCGCCGAACGGGGGGCCCCGUCCUCCCUCUUCCAAGAGUCCGUUGUCCCAUCAAAAGCCUUCGCCCGUCCCCGUCCCAUCAUCUCCGGCCGACCGCUCCCUCCUGUGCGCAGCUCCUAGCACAGCACUCCCCAGCCUAGCACCACAGUGGAUGGUGCCCACGACGUUACACCCCACACACCACCACCACCCGUUACGCGAGGCGUGCACACCCCCUCCCUUCCAUUUUUCCCUCUCGCCUCCGUUCUUCUUCUCCCACCGCCUGGCCCUUGUCCUGCUGCCCGCACCGCCCGCGCCGUCGACCAGCCCGGUGGACUUGCUAGUCUGGGGUGGUGGGCGUGCUAGCCUCCCCUCCCCACCCUUUUUACGCCGUUCGUGA